GUUUCCUUUGAACAGAAUAUUCUGCUUACUUCGCCCCGUACAAGCCACAUGAAACACAAAUUCAGCAUAUGUUAUUGAUGUAACAUAUUCCCAGGGCUUUGGAAAAUGCUUCGGCAAUGAGUGUGUAUCGGUAAUUAAAUUUACGUCUCCGUUCCUAGUUCGCCCUUUCGUCCCUUGCUCUAAACUAUCAAUAACCUAUCACAUUAUACAAUAACGAAACGUCUCUCGCGCGAUACAACUGGCGCGACAGAAACGCGAAAAAUAACCCUGAAAGCACGUUGUUAAGGAGGUCCCGAUUUAUUCACCGCUAGUACUAAGCAAAUCUACUUUUCCUUAACCAACAACCUUUUCUUUCGACUAUUACUACGAGAUGGCUGAUUUGUAUCACAAAGAAUGGAAUGACGUCCAUGGAAAACCCAUUGCUCGUGUCCUUUUCGUUCACGGCUUUGGUGAGCGUAUCGAGGCAUAUCCCGAGUUUUUUGAGCGACUUAACAAAUUCGGCAUUGAGGCCUGGGGUUAUGACCAACGUGGCUUCGGAAAGUCUAUGAAGAGCGAGAAAGAACGCGCUAGAACUGGUGGAUGGGCUAAAUUAUUCCCGGAUUUAGACUACCAGGUUGAGCGUGCUAGUCAAGUCGGCCUCCCAUUGUUCCUUUGGGGCCACUCUAUGGGUGGUGCUAUUGUUCUUCGUUAUGGAGUCGUUGGAAAGCACAAGGACAAGCUUUCGGGCAUCAUUGCUCAAGCUCCCAUGUUGGAGACACAUCCCGACCUCUCGCCCAAUCCUAUCUUGGUUAAAGUUGGAAGCUGGGUAUCUAAGGUGUUCCCUAACAUUCCCUAUAACACGAAGGUGAAUGAACUUUUCCACAUCACUCGUGAUGCCGAAGUGAAAAAGCGCCUCGACGACGAUCCUCUUGUUUCUGACAUUGGAACCCUCCAGUCCAUUGGGGACAUGCUUAAUGGCGGAAAAACGAUUAUCACCCUGGCCCCUCAAUUCGAACUUCCCUUGUUGAUUUGUCAUGGCACCGAUGACAACGUUACUUACAACGUUUCGUCUAAAAAAUUCUUUGAUAAUGCUGCAUCGAUCGACAAGACUUAUAACUCAUACCCUGGUUACUAUCAUUCUCUUCACAUCGAAAAGGAGCCAGAGGUAACCGAAUAUAUUCGUGACGUUGCAAAAUGGAUCAUUGAACGUUGCAAGCCUGCAGAUGAGGCUGCCGAAGAAACAGAUGCAUAGAGAAGCGAUGUCGUCUCUAGUGCUUCUUAUACAUACAUACUUGCGCUUACAAGGGAGCAGUGAAUACCAGUACACAAAAAUUAAAGACAUCGCGUCUACUAACCAUAGCUACAUAUGCGCCUUUAUAAUUUCAUAGCAUAUAGCUGCCGUUUCAA